AUGUUCCCGUUCUUGGCACCGAUAGGAAGAGCACAGUCAAGAUUCCGAUUUGCUGUUACGCCUGAACAUGUUGUUGAAAUUGAAGUUUUCACAACCUCUCCAAAUGCAACUAUCAAACAGCGGUCUCAUUCCGGAAAUAGUGAUGUACGGACACAAUCGGGAUCAUCAUUAGGGUCGAGACCACAAAGUAGGCAUAAAUCUAAGUCGCCUCUGCCUUCUACAUCCCCUAGACCUAAUUCUGGCUCUUCUGGCUCUGCUAAAUCAUCUCCUAUUCCUCCUACUCCUGCUGAGGUUCCUCCACCUAUAUCUCGUCAUAGAAAUAAAGGUUUAGAAACGUCUUCUGCUAUGCUUGAAAUGUUCGGAGGUGGGGGCUCCGCUUUUGGUGCUGGGUCAGCGUUUGAAGUUAUUCCACCUAUGAAGGAAACCCGGAACUUCGGACGGAAAAACGUAUUAGAACGAGAGCUGGCGGAAACUAGUAGUCCUUGGGAAAAUCAAAACAGAAAGCCAAACAGUACUGGACCUGUUUUUUAUGAAGUGGAAGACCAUGAAAAAGCAUAUGAGCGAGCUCAGAAGAAAUCCAGAGGUAAUCAGUUCGAUCAGUCUGCCCAACCAGGACCAGAAUGGUUUACAGGCUUCGAUAAAAUGGAAUUGAAUGAUGUGCCUGUGUCUCAUGCGGUUGUUCCUGAGAUCAGCAGUAACAUGAACAUGGAUAUCACCAACAUUACCAGCCCUGAAUCACCCGGAGAUUGGAAAGAAGCGAAAGAAAACGUUUUUCAAGUUUCAGUUACUAAAGUUGCUCCUGGGGAACCAGGGCCUGAUCUUGGUGAUGAUGAUGAUUAUGAGAAUGUCCAAGCAGAUGAGUCGUGCACCCAAAUUGCGCAAAAUCGACGCCGUUUGCUUGAUGAGGGGGCAGAUGCAGAGAACGCUCAGAGUAGGGCGUUGGACGCAGAGGACGUGUCGGCUGUCGAAGUGGCGGACGCUGGUUGUGGUGACUCGGGAGCUACAAUGUCUUUGCUGAUUAAAGGAGCUCAAGUUGUUAACGAUGAUUCUGUUUUCGCUGCCGAUGUUCUCAUCCAAGAUGGUGUAAUCACUAAGGUAGCCGUAGAUAUCGAAGUAGGUGCGGAUGCUCAGGUUAUUGAUGCAAACGGUCGAAUGCUCCUACCUGCUGGAAUCGAUGUACAUACCCACUUAACAGCACCAGAAUCUGCCGACGAUUUGGCCACGGGAUGUAAGGCUGCGCUUGCCGGAGGCACUGGUACUGUUAUUGAUAUGGUUUAUCCUAAGAAUGGUGAAUCUCUCACUGCUGCCUAUGGGCGUAUUCGCCAAACUUUGGAUAAAUCCCUAUGCAACAUUGCCUUAUCCGUUGUGAUCAAAACAUGGUCUGAAGGUGUUAAGAAAGAUAUGGAGAAAAUCGUUGCUGAUGGAGUGAACAGCUUUAUUAUUGAUAUUGCUGAAGAUGAUCAGAUGUAUCAUGUUCUCGAGUUUUGCCGAAGCCUUGGAGCACACGCGCGUAUUCUCCCAGAAAACAAAACAAUAGUUCCAUUCUUGGAGAAAAAAAUGCUUGGAUUAGGCAUAACUGGGCCGGAGGGUUAUCUACAAUCCAGACCCGAAGAUCUCGAAAGUGAAAGAGUCAACAGUAUUUGCGUGCUCAGUCAGAUCACUAAUUGCCCGAUCUCCAUUUUGUCGCUGUCUUCUGUCGAUUCGUUGUCAUCAUUGGAGAGAUCUAAAUGCAAUGGAAGUCUUUCGCAUGCUGAAAUUGCUACAGCCGCAGUUGCAACCGAUGGGACUCAUUACUUCAACAAAUGCUUGAAACAUGCUACUGGUCAUCUCACGGAUGUACCUUUGAGAACUGAUGGUAGCAGUCGUUUAGUUGCAGCUUUGGCGAGCCAGCCAUUAGUUGUUUGUACCUCCGGACAUCGUGCUAUCAAUUCAACCACACGUUUAUCGGGAAAAGAUUUCACAGUUAUGCCCAAAGGCGUAGUAGGAGUUGAGGAACGUCUUGCUGUUAUUUGGGAAAAGGCUGUGCGUACUGGCAGAAUUGACCCUAUGCGAUUUGUAGCUAUUACGUCCACCAAUGCAGCGAAGACGUUCAAUUUAUAUCCUAAAAAAGGGCGGAUCGCAGUAGGUGCAGAUGCUGAUUUGGUUAUUUGGGAUACCACUUGCAAGCGUAAAUUGGGAGCAGGAGAAGGUCAAUCCUCCGUUGAUAUCAACAUCUAUGAAGGAAUGACAGUUCAUGCUCAAGCUGCGAUCACUAUUGUUGGUGGGCACGUUGCUUGGAAGGACGGUAAUGUUAAGGAUGCUCGUGGCAGUUUUGUUUCGCUAACUCCCAAUAGUCCUUAUUUAUUCAGCGUUGUUCAACAACGAGAUAAGAUGGGUGUUUAUGAAAAAGUGGACAGAGAGCCAGUUGCUAAUGGCCAUAAAAAAUCAAACACGGACGCACCAGGAUCUCGUGGCCAGCCGAGGAAAAGCCACUUUGAAUCCAAUAUUGAAUUCGGUUCAUCUGAUAACCGUCCUACCAGCACGAGAGUUCGUAAUCCACCGGGAGGACGAACAACUGGCUUCUGGUAA